AUGAACGACACAAUCACAAAGAAACAGUACGAAGAGAUCUGCACCAACUUCCUUGAUUCAAUUAACUACCGCCUCCCAUCCCAUACGUCAGAUGUCAGUCUCUACGACGCCGUAACCGACCUAAUCCGGGGACACGGCAUCGAGCCACAAAAAGCCACAAGCAUCGCCCGAACCGGCACCGCCGCAGCGGAGUUCUUCUACCCUCUCCAUCCGCGCGCCACUAAACUCGAGAUAGCAACCUUUACAGCUCUUUUCUUCGUCACUGAAGACCUGACUGAAUCGUGUCUCGAUGGUUUGAAGAACUUUCGACAGAACCUUGUGCUGGGAAAUCCUCAGCCGAGAGUCCUGCAGUCUUGGUUGGAUAGUAAUCGUCGCUUGGAUGCCCACUAUCCCCAGUUUAGUGUGGACCGGAUUACACACGGAAUGAUGAGUUACGUUAGCUCUGUUACAAUUGAGAAGCUGGUCCCAGAAUCUUUCUUCAGCCCAGGGGUUUGUGGAGGAUGCGGUGGUAGUAAUGAUAUCAAAGCACCGCAGUUCCCGCGAUACUUUCGAGGCAUGACGGGGAUUCCAGAUGUAUUUGCCUAUUUCAUCCUAACGGACGAGUUAUACAGCCUAAGCCGACUGACGAGAUUGACGUUCAUGGCGCCGGAUUUGAAUGAUUUCACCAACGGAGUCAAUGACCUGCUCUCGUUCUACAAGGAGUCUGUGGUGGGUGAUGAGACGGGGAAUUUCGUCCACCAGGAAGCAUUCGUCCGCGAUACUGGUAUAUCUACGGUCUUGGAAAGAUUGGCUGAGGAUAUUGUGAAGAGGAUCGAGAAUAUUCUGGACACGGCGUCUCGUGAUGUUGUGCUUUUGGAAUUUACGGAGGCAUAUAUCAUGGGGUAUAUUGCUUUCCAUUUGAGGGAGCCGAGGUAUAGGUUCUCGGAGUUGGAUAUUCCAUGUUUGCAGUUGUGUUGA